AUGGCUCGCGCACGAGACGCCGGAGAUCGACGCCAGGAGACUCCACAGCGCUUGGCCAAUGAGAGCUUGGCCCAGCUCUUCCUCGAGCGCGCGGCGCGGAUGGGCCACGAGGAAGCCAUGAAGAGGUGGGUCGAACCACUUGCACGUGCCAAGCGCUGGCAGGAGGUGGUGCCCUGGCUCCUGCGCAUGCAGAGCAAGGCCUCCUUGGUGCAGUUCGUGAAGCUGCAGAAGGCCUCGGUGCCCAUCGCGCCCUUCCACAUGUAUCGCGCCGAGCAGCUCCUCAGCGACCUAGCGCAGCAGGGCUUCGCGGACGCCGCGCAGCUGCUCGCGCGGCUGAAGACGAGCACCGCCCGGGAGGGCGGUGGGGAGCUGUGA